AUGGCUGCAGGAGGACCGUGUGGAGGAUCUACUUUUGGAGGACCUUUAACUCCAUUUUCACAAGCUGUUGGCAAUGGCUUGCAUCAUCAAGUUGGCGCAGUUCCUCCCUAUUACCCAUAUGCUGGUAUGCAGCAACAAACGAUUCCGUUGUCAAAUCGACACUAUCCUACUAAUCAUAAUUAUAGACUUUACUAUUUCGAUUCUCGUGGUCGUGGAGAAGUAAUCCGCCUACUAUUUUCAUUUGCCAAUGUUCCAUAUAAAGACAAACGUGUUAAACAGGAUGAAUGGUCCACACUGAAAGAACAAAUGCCAUUGAAUCAACUACCUGUUUUGAAAAUUGAUGGCGGCUUUAAAUUACCUCAAACAAAUGCAAUCGUCCGUUAUCUAGCCAAUGAAUUUCGUCUGUUAGGUAACAAUCAGUUUGAUCAUGCAAUUAUCGAUAGUAUAUUAGAAACAAAUAAUGAUUUAAAAGUGAAAAUAUUACCAUUGAUUGAUAGGAAGGAUCCUGAGCAACAACGUCAAUCUGUCAAAAAGUUUUUAGAUGAUGGAGAAGCCAGUCAGCAUUUAAAACGAUUAGAGAAAUUAUUUAUUAACUAUGGUAGACAUGGUCCUUUUUAUCUUGGUAGUCAUGUAUCACUUGCUGAUCUUGUAGUUUAUGAUGGUCUAUAUUAUAUCAUUGAUGCUGAACCAAAAGUUUUGGAUAAUUAUCCAAAAUUAAAAGAAAACAGAAAGCGUCUAGAAAAACAUCCGCAGAUGGCCAAUUAUCUAGGAUUAAAUCAAAAACGUAAACAACGAUCUUCACAUUUACAUCAUGGCAAAUCAUCCACACCUGUGAAUCCAACAAGCGAUAGAAGAGAACAUUCCUAUGAACAGAGACAUCAACAUCGUGGGAAAUCACCCACACCUGUGAAUCCAACAAGCGAUAGAAGAGAACAUUCCUAUGAACAGAAACAUCAACAUAGUGGCUAUCACAACAAUGUACCAAGUGGCGAUGAAAAUCGGCAGACUAUCCAUCAUCAUGGAACCAGACAAUCUAAAUCGCCAAGUCUUGCUGUGAAUGACCACAGUGAAGAAAAGUCAAAUCAUGAAACACAAUCUCAACUACUCUCGCGCUCUUCUACCAAUGUACCAGACAAUGUGUCAACUCAUAGUGACUAA